CAACAGAAAUGUAAAAUUAGGCAGGCUGUUGUUAUUAGAAGUUGAAUGAAUAACAAAUAUUAGAUAUUAUCGAUAUUGCAAUAUCCAUAACUCCAUCGCCAAAGCCACCGCCAAUAAUGAUGCCAGUUACGUAAAUGUCAUUAUAGUUGAAAUAUAAAAACGAACGCAUGCGCCAACUACCUUUUGCGUGCAGCUUUUCGACGCACAGCGGUGCGCAAUGCCGCCCGUUGCGGCAAUUGCCGGAGGCAGGGUGGCUGCGCUGUUUCGGGGGAGGGGAUAUCCGCAGGGUGGGGUGCCACCCUCUGGAACAACACCUAAAAAAAGAAAAAGGAGUAUCAAAGCGGCGCACAGACGCCGUCGGCCUGGGAUGUUGCAGCCUUGGCACAGCGAGGCGUGCGUAAAAGCGCGCACAUGAACGCGGAGAGAGCAACAGUCCGCUGACCAAAUCGGCCUUUUGGCGAGACAUCUCUUGACAUUCGCGACCGUGGGCAGGUAUCGGAAAGCACGUCACAGGUGAUGCGGUCUCAGGUAUGCGCGUUUGACUCCGAUGUCGUCCUUUCAGAAUCCCCAAGAUGGCUCCGAGGUCGGAAGCGAGCGGCGGCGAGGCUCUGACGACCCUGUUGGUGUCGUGCGUCACCGUCCUGCUGUCCGUCCAAGUUGCCCGCUGGCUCCGGAAGCGUCCGGGCUUGCGCGUUCCGGGCCCGUUCGCCUGGCCCGUCGUCGGCAACGCGGCGCAACUGGGCGGCGCGCCGCACUUGUACUUCAUGCGCUUGACGGAGAAAUACGGCGACGUGUUCCAGAUCCAGCUGGGCUCUCGGACCGUGGUGGUUCUGAACGGGGACGCCAUCAAGCAGGCGCUGGUCAAGCAGGGCUCGGAGUUCGCGGGGAGGCCCGACUUCGCCUCCUUCCGGUACAUCUCCAACGGCGCCGGCUUCGCCUUCACCACCGCGUCGGACUGGUGGAAGACGCACCGCAGGGUGGCCCACUCCACGGUCAGGAUGUUCUCCACGGGGAACCAGACGACCAAGACCUCAUUCGAGCAGCACAUCCUCUGCGAGUUCAAAGAACUUCUGCAGCUUUUUCUGGACAAAACCCGGGAGCGGCGCUACUUCCGGCCCAUGACCUACCUGGUGGUGUCCACCGCCAACAUCAUGAGCGCCGUCUGCUUCGGGAAGAGGUACCGCUACGAGGAUGAGGAGUUCCUGCAGGUGGUGGGCAGGAACAACCAGUUCACCGAGACGGUGGGCGCCGGGAGCAUCGUGGACGUGAUGCCCUGGCUCCAGUUCUUCCCCAACCCCAUCAAAACCAUGUUUGAAGACUUUAAAGCCCUCAACCGGGAGUUCUCCGCCUUCAUCCUGGACAAGGUGAUGGAACACCGGAAAAGCAUGCGGUCCGGCUCCAUCAGGGACAUGACCGACGCUCUCAUUGUGGCCUUGGACAAGCUGAGCCAUCAAAGUGGUCUCGGGUCGGAGAAGGACCUUGUCUCGGCCACUGUGGCCGACAUCUUUGGUGCAAGUCAGGAUACGCUGUCAACGUCCCUGCAAUGGAUCAUCCUCAUCCUGGUCAAGUACCCCGAGCUGCAGCUGCGUCUCCAGGAAGAAGUGGACAAGGUGGUGGACCGCAGCCGCCUGCCGUCCAUCGAUGACCAGCCUCAGCUGCCGUACGUCAUGGCCUUCAUCUACGAGGUGAUGCGCUUCACCAGCUUCGUGCCGCUCACCAUUCCUCACUCCACCACCACGGACACCUCCAUCCACGGAUAUACCAUACCAAAGAACACGGUGGUCUUCGUAAACCAGUGGUCCUCCAAUCACAGCCCCGGCGUCUGGACCAAUCCGGAGACCUUCGACCCCCAGCGUUUCUUGCACCCCAGCGGGGAUUUGAACAAGGACCGGUGCAACCUGGUGCUCAUCUUCUCCAUGGGCAAGCGGCGCUGCAUCGGAGAGGAGCUGUCCAAGUUCCACCUGUUCCUCUUCACCGCCCUGCUGGCCCACCAGUGCAACAUCAGCAGCGACCCGACCGGGCCGCCCGGCCUGGCCUACACCUACGGGCUGACCCUCAAACCCAACGCCUACUCCAUCGCCGUCUCGCUGCGGGAUCACAUGAGGCUGCUUGAAGAUGCGGCCAGUCGGGGUUUCGCUGAGGACACGGACUCUUCAACGAAAUGAAGAGCAAUAAAAAGACACGAGAACUAAAUAUUUAUGAUGUGAAAUAUACGCCACAUGUAGAAUAACAAUGAUUACCGAUGACUAAUCGACAGUCGAUGUUCAUCUCGUUGGCUCUGGACUUGGCAGGGAAGGCCUGCAUUCAUCUAAGUGAAGGACUACAUGGAGGUGGCAUUGGAGGUCCUGAUGUGGUCAUGUGGGGCGUCUCGAUCAGGAGGUCCCAGGAGGGUCUAGACCAGGGGUCAGCAACCCCUGGCUCCAGAGCCGCAUGUGGCUCUUCAGCCACUUUGUUGUGGCUCCCUUCACAACGCUCAAGUAUUUUUUUAAAAUACCCUAAUGGGAAAAUAUAUGCAUUUUUUAAUGAGUUUUUUUUUUUAAAUCUGACUUUCUGUGAGACCCUGAAUGAAUUGAAGUGAAUGAGUUCUGACUCGUGAUUGGAUGAGCUCAAAGAGCUCACAUGUGACGAGAAGCAACAAUUUGGUGUAAAAAUUUGGCGUUAAAACUGAUUCAAACUUUCAAAAGUUUAUAAGAUAUUGUUUUUAAAUGAUGUUUUGCGGCUCCUAUCUGUUUUCCUUUAGUAAGCGUGUGGGUAAAAUGGCUCUUUUGAUAAUAAAGGUUGCCGACCCCUGGUCUAGACCUUCUCAUGCAGGCUCCUGUCCGUCUGGCGUAUACGCUCAUGGAGUACUUAUUAUAAUAUUGGCCUCCGUAAAGCCAAAUACUACAAAUACGUAGUAACGUUAUUUGUACUCUAUAAAAUAUUAGCUUGUGAGCUGCUGUAUGAACGUUUGCUAUUCCUUCCUGGAAGCUUGCUGAUGUCGAAGCAGCUCGUCAUGUCCACAGCGUUCUUCUUCUGACUAAAACGUGUCCACGGUAGUCGACAUGGACAUCUGGUCCACGGCUUUUGGUGAUGUACAUUUUCAUACCCAAGGGGUUAUCAUUCCUAGGAAAAUAUAUCUUUAUGUUGAUGUGUUGUAAUAUUUUUAACAUUCUAUUGAAUAUUUUUAACAUGAAUUGAUGAAGCCUGUUAAAUGAGGAAUAAAACAAUCUUCCAAAACAAGCAUAAUAGUCCAGUUGGGAGGAGUCAAUGUCCUGAGAGUACAGACUGAUCAUAAAUUUCUAAGAAUUAACACUUCACUUUGUACUAUUAGAUCUUAAUGAGUGGAGCUUGAAAAUGCAAAAAUGGGAGAGAGAAAAAUGUACAAAAAAACCCUGGAACCUGGAAAAUGUAAAUAAAAUGUUCAA